AUGGCUUUCCUCCCUGGAAACUCCUCUGACUGCUCCAACUGCACCCACUCUGUGGGGCCUGUGAACAUUUCAAAGGCCAUUUUACUAGGUGUUAUUCUAGGGGGGCUGAUAGUUUUUGGGGUUUUGGGUAAUAUUCUGGUUAUCCUCUCUGUAGCCUGCCACAGACAUCUUCAGAGUGUUACCCACUAUUAUAUAAUUAACCUGGCUGUAGCUGACCUCCUCUUGACUUCCACUGUCCUGCCCUUCUCAGCUACUAUGGAGAUUUUGGGCUACUGGGCCUUCGGGAGAAUCUUCUGCAACAUCUGGGCAGCUGUUGACGUCCUUUGCUGCACUGCUUCCAUUAUGAGCCUCUGUAUCAUCUCGAUAGACAGAUACAUCGGGGUGAGCUACCCACUGCGAUACCCAAGUAUAGUGACAGAGAAGAGAGGCCUCCUGGCGUUACUGUGCGUUUGGGCAUUGUCUCUGGUAAUAUCGAUUGGACCUCUUUUUGGCUGGAAGGAACCGGCACCAGAAGAUGAGACCAUCUGUCAAAUCACCGAGGAGCCUGGCUACGUGCUGUUCUCUGCUCUAGGCUCCUUCUACCUCCCCCUGACUAUUAUCUUGGUGAUGUAUUGCCGAGUGUACGUAGUGGCCAAAAGGGAAAACAAAGGUCUGACUUCUGGUCUGAAGACAGAGAGAUCUCGUUCCGAAGAAGUGACCCUACGGAUCCAUCGUAAAAAUGCUCCUGAAGCGAGCGGAUCAACAUCCAACCCCAAGAGCAAGCAUCAUUUCUCAGUGCGUCUCCUCAAGUUCUCCAGGCAAAAGAAAGCUGCCAAGACCCUGGGAAUAGUUGUGGGAUGCUUCGUUCUCUGCUGGCUUCCAUUUUUUGUAGUAAUGCCUCUUGGUUCUUUCUUUCCUGCAAUCAAACCCCCGGACACACUUUUUAAAAUAACAUUUUGGCUUGGAUAUUUAAACAGCUGCAUCAACCCCAUAAUCUACCCGUGCUCAAGUCAAGAGUUUAAGAAAGCAUUCCAAAACGUCCUGAGAGCUCAGUGCCUCCCAAGGAAGCAAGCAGCAAAGAAGCAAUCCCCAAGUUUCAACCUCAACCAUCCCGCUAGCCAAAGCAUGGAGAGUGGCAAAGGUGUGGUCCGUAUCCCUGUCGGCUCGGGAGAAACCUUCUAUAAGAUUUCCAAGUCGGAUGGGGUCUGCGAAUGGAAGAUAUUCUCCGCUGUGCAAAGCAUGCCUGCAAAAAAUGCAGUUUCCAAAGACUGUACUGCAGCCAAAGUGAAAAGUAAAGGUUUCCUCCAGGAAUGCUGCUGUGCAGGCACUUCAGGGAACCUUGUCCAUGAAAAUUGUAAAGUGCCAACCAUUAAAAUACACACCAUCUCCCUCAGUGAAAACGGGGAGGACGUCUAA